UUUCUCCUUGGAACCAAGGAUGAGAUGGAGACUUUCAUUUCUGGAGUUAAGGAGGAGACUCUAAAGGAGACACUCCCUAUGGGAGUUGGCUAUCUUCACGAAGGGCUUUGUGAUCUUGAUCAAGAAGUUGUGAAGCAGUUAUUCUUCAGCCGAAGAAUUCAAGUUUGUGUUGCAAGCAGCUCAAUGUGUUGGGGAAUGUCGUUGCCGGCUCACUUGGUUGUUGUCAUGGGUACCCAAUAUUAUGAUGGGCGGGAGAAUGCUCAUACUGACUAUCCAAUCACUGAUUUAUUGCAGAUGAUGGGACAUGCAAGCAGGCCUCUUAUAGACAGUUCUGGAAAAUGUGUAAUUCUGUGUCAUGCUGCAAGAAAAGAAUAUUAUAAGAAAUUUCUUUAUGAAGCAUUCCCGGUUGAGAGUCAUCUGCAUCACUUCUUGCACGACCAUAUGAAUGCUGAAGUUGUAGUUGGUGUGGUUGAGAACAAGCAGGAUGCGGUGGAUUAUCUUACAUGGACCUUUAUGUAUAGAAGGCUCACAAAAAAUCCAAAUUACUAUAAUCUUCAGGGUGUCAGCCACAGGCAUCUUUCCGACCAUCUUUCUGACCUUAUAGAAAAUACAUUGAAUGACUUGGAAUCAAGCAAGUGCAUUAUCAUAGAGGAGGACAUGUAUCUCAAACCUUCUAAUCUUGGAUUGAUUGCUUCAUACUAUUACAUUAGCUACACCACCAUAGAGCGUUUCAGUUCAUCUUUGUCUCCAAAAACUAAAAUGAAAGGUCUACUUGAUAUUUUAGCAUCUGCCUCAGAAUAUGCACUGCUGCCAAUUCGUCCUGGGGAGGAGGACUUGAUCAGGAAGCUUAUUCAUCAUCAAAGAUUUUCCUUUGAAAAUCCUAAGUGCACAGAUCCACAUGUGAAGGCAAAUGCGCUCCUGCAAGCUCACUUCUCUAGGCAUAAUGUGGUUGGAAAUUUGGCAGCAGACCAGCGAGAGGUGCUACUUUCAGCUCAUAGGCUCCUUCAGGCUAUGGUUGAUGUCAUCUCUAGCAAUGGUUGGCUUACCCUUGCCCUUCUUGCAAUGGAGAUGUGCCAGAUGAUUACUCAGGGAAUGUGGGAAAGAGAUUCCAUGUUGCUCCAGCUUCCUCAUUUCACUAAGGAGUUAGCUAAGCGUUGUCAGGAAAACCCGGAUAGAAGUAUAGAGACAGUAUUCGAUUUGGUAGAAAUGGAAGAUGAUGAAAGACGCGACUUAUUGCAGAUGUCAGACGCCCAAAUGCUUGAUAUUGCUCGGUUUUGCAAUCGCUUCCCAAACAUUGACAUGGCUUAUGAAGUGCUGGAUGCUGAUGACAUUCUUCCCGGUGAGGAUGCCACUUUGCUGGUUACACUGGAACGUGACCUUGAGGGUCGCAUGGAGGUUGGAUCAGUUGAUGCUCCCCGAUAUCCCAAGCCUAAAGAAGAAGGCUGGUGGCUUGUUGUUGGUGAUAGCAGCAACAACCAAUUGCUCGCUAUAAAAAGAGUUGCACUUCAAAGGAGAGCCAAGGUUAAGCUUGUUUUUGCAGUCCCUAAAGAUGUUGGGAAGAAGCCUUUCACGAUCUACUUUAUGUGCGACUCUUAUCUGGGUUGUGACCAGGAAUACAACUUUACCGUUGAUGUCAAAGAGUCUAGGUAAGUACAAUAAUAAAAGAAGUGGCUUUCCUUUGUGAUAGAUGCAAAAGUUUUUCAAUCAUAUGCCAUGUUUAUUGUUGUAAUUUAUCUUUGGAGUUUGUGGCAUGCUAAAUUAGCGUCUUGACUUUGUAUAACUAUGUUCACUAUAGACUUUUAUGGAGUUUAUGUAUCUAAUAUGUGCUAAUGAUUUUUGCCAUGAAAUCAUGCGUACGCUUCCUUGAGAUCCAA